CGAUUGUAUCUAAACGUUCUCGAGUCACUGUUCGGUUGAAAAUUGUAUGUUAACACCAAAUAUGAGUACUGAAGAAGUUUUUCUGAAACCACGUCCACCAUUCAAACUGGCUGCCUUCAACAUUCGCACACUUAUGCAGGUUGGACAACAGAUAGGGCUGGCUAUGUCUUUAGAAAGUCUCAAUAUCGAUGUCUGCUGUCUAUCCGAGGCCCGUAUUCAAGACUCUGGUGAAGUACUACAAAUUCGCUCUCCAUCUGUCGCUUCGAAAAGCUUGUUUUACGUGAGCUUAUCCGGGGACCCUGUGGCAUCUUCGUCUGGUCUUGAUGGCGUUGGUGUCGCACUAAGUGCUAGAGCUGAGGCAGCACUAAUCGAUUGGAUCCCCAUUAACAGUCGGUUAUGUGCUGUUAGAUUAGAAAGUUCCAUCAAAGUGAGAAGACAUCGGCGUGAGAAACGAUGUCUUUUCGUCAUCUCCGCCUAUGCCCCGACAGAUUGCAGCCCGGAUGCAAUCAAGGAUGAGUUUUACCACCAGUUAUCUGUUCUUCUCCAGAAAGUGCGUUCGACAGAUAUUGUAGUACUAGUUUAAAUUGUUUAUCGUUUAGUAACUCUAAAAUAUGUUGAAUCUGUUUUAUGCGUAAUAUACAUUGUAUUCAGUAUUGUCAUAUCAAUUAUUGUUGUAAUUUAUUCUCAUACUUCCUUUCUUAGUUAAUUUGGAAGAAUUUAUGGCAC